AUGGUCGCCUUCUCCUAUAUUGUGGCCUUGCUCAUAACAGCCCUGCCCUCGUUAGCAGCGAUCAAUAAGAGCGUCGAGGUACCAGCAUCAAGCACUGGCUAUAUUAUUAUCUUCAAGAACCAUAUAAGCUCGGCCGGCGUCGACAAUCACCACGCCUGGGUGGACCAACUGCAUCGACGCAGCAUCGGAAAACGAAACCUCGACCUCCCCGGCGUUGAACGCAAGUUUGACCUUGGCAACUUCAAGGCCUAUGCCGGAAAAUUCGACAAGGCUACGGUCGAGGAGAUUGUCCAGCAUGAGGAUGUCGAAGCUGUCGAGGUUAAUAAAAUCUGGGAGCUCUCCAGCAGCCUUACGCAGCACAGCCCGCCCUGGGGCCUAGGCAUCCUCUCGAACCGGCUGCCGGGCAACAACAACUACAUAUACGACGAUAGCGCCGGCCUGGGUGCUACCGUCUACGUACUGGAUACGGGCAUUAACGCCGGCCACGUCGAGUUUGAGGGUCGCGUCGUCAAGGGCCACAACGUUAUCGGCGGCGCCUUUGUCGACACCCACGGCCACGGAACGCAUGUAGCGGGAAUUGUCGGCAGCAGGACGUACGGCGUUGCCAAGAAAUGCACUUUAGUCGACAUUAAGAUCUUCCACGAUAACGUUACCGACUCUAUCAAUAUACUCAACGGCUAUCAAUGGGCCAUUGAAGACAUCAAGGCCAAGGGGAACGCAGCGCAGAGCGUUAUUAAUAUGUCUAUUAUCUCUGCAGGCUCUAACGCUAUCGAUGGGGCUAUUAAGAGCGCACACGAGCAAAAUAUCCUUACUGUUGUUGCUGCAGGGAAUGGUUAUAAUAAUGCUAGCCUUUACUCUCCCUCCCGGGCACCCUACGCCUUAACCGUUGGUGCCGUUGACUCGAAGUGGAAACCGUGGGUGUGGGCUACCGGUUUGGGCUCCAACUAUGGGCCGAGCGUCGAUAUCUACGCUCCUGGCGACAACAUUCUAUCUCUCGGCAUUAGGUCGAACACGGACCUUAUCUAUAAGACUGGUACCUCCAUGGCCUCGCCUCACGUUGCCGGCCUUGCUGCCUUUUUCCAAAUCUUUGAAAAGACUAAAACGCCAGGCGAGACAAUAGCUCGGAUCAAGGAGCUUGCUACGAGGGACCGCCUUGGCGGCGUCCGGGGCGAUACCGUCAACAUGCUGGCCUACAACGGCCUUGGCAACCAACAAAAUCAGACGAGCGACCAGGCGCGUGUGAGGCCGGACGGAAAGCCGGAGCCGAAGCCAGAACUGAAGCCGGAAUCAAAGCAGGAACUGAAGCAGGACCCGAAGCAGGACCCGAAGCAGGACCCGAACCUACACCCGAACCCGGAACUGAACCCAGAACUGUACCCGAACCCGUACCCGGAACCGAACUUGUACCCGUACCCGGGCCCGAACCAGGAACCGAACCCAGAACUGUACCCGAACCCGUACCCGGAACUGAACCCAGAACUGAACCCAGAACCGAACCCGUACCCGGAAUUGAACCCAAAAUUGAACCCGGAACCGAACCUGUACCCGGGCCCGGGCCCGAACCCGGAACUGAACCCGGAACUGAACCCGGAACCGAAUCUGUACCCGAACCCGUACCCGUACACGGGCCUGAAUCCGGAACUGAACCCGGAACCGAACCUCCCGGAACCGAACCUGUACCCGAACCCGUACCUGAACCCGGAACCGAACCCGGAACCGAACCUGUACCCGGACCUGUACCCGAACCCGGAGCUGAACCCGGAACUGAACCCGUACCCAGAGCAGGAAUCGAGGCAGGAACCGUACCCGUAUCCGUACCCGUACCCGAACCCGUACCCAGAGCAGGAAUCGAGGCAGGAACCUUACCCGUAUCCGUACCCGUACCCGAACCCGUACCCAGAGCAGGAAUCGAGGCAGGAACCGUACCCGUACCCCUACCCCUACCCGAACCCGGAAAUGAACCCGGACCAGUAG